AUGGCAACCAAAGUAAACACUGGCCUCCCUCCUUCUCCCGCGUUGGCUCUCGGCUGUUCAGCAGCUCCAAGACGGGUGAAAAUGGCUGACAUGGCUGGCAGCUUGGAUUUAUAUUAUAAGAAGAUAACGUCGAUUCAGCAAAGCAUUCAUAAAAGCGAGAAACGAAGACUGGAACUGGAGAGGGAACUGUUUGCUUACUCCAGAUGUGAUAGAAGAAUCUCACAGAUAAAGACUUCCAAACUGCGCAGUUAUCUCAAGGAAAUCUGUGACAGGGAAGCACGAGCAAAAAUGAGGAACCUUGAGCUUCUGACAGAUGUGGAGUGCAUGGAAAUUAGCAUGAAGGAAUACAGUCCUGACCAUGGUGCCCUGCUGCAACAAAAGGCUGAAUUUUUGAAAAAGAUUUCUCAGUUUAAUGAUGCAAGAAAGAAAAUGGAGCAAGACACAGAUGAAGCUACGCAUAGACAGCAGCAGGAUAGUUCCCCUUGUCACCAGCCCGGACAUUUUACACAACCAUUGGGGGAAAAUUUUACAGACCACCAGAACUCCAGAGGCUCUGAUACUGAAGCUGGAUCCACAAGUGUACACUCAGACCAAGCAUUGCAUCAUUCGUCCAAUCGCAGCAUACACUCCGGUGAACGUCUACCAAGUGGCCUUUUGAAGGACUUCAGAGCUGGCGGAGAGGAUGCUGCCAGGAACCGAGCACAUUUAUCAGAUGACAUUUCAGGCUCAAACGAUUCCCCCGACGGCUGUAAUUUAUGUGACAAACAUGAAAGAACGACGCCUGUGCUCCCAUCUGUUUGGGCUUUAACAGGCACGGCUCACAACGUGCCUUUUGGAAGUGAUGAUGAGCGUGAACCUUCACCUCCGGUGACCUUGAUGGGGCUUAAGAAGAAUCUGUCUGGCGGCAGCAGUGGCCCCAGGAGAGUCAAGAAUUCCCCUGGAGAACACAGUGAUGUGGCUCAUCAGCCGUCCAUGAUGGAGGACGAAGGGAGAGGUCUCAGCUACGUAAUGCCUCAAGCCACUUUUGGAAAGGGAGAUGAAGGUGUACCAGGUAGACGCGAGAGUGUCAGUACACCAAGUUCUGAUGUGGAGCUGUCAGAGAGCACUGCUAGUAACCUGUCCAUUUCUCUGACACAAUCUGAGCUGGAAGAGGAUCUACCACAGGGUGUGGCACCUGAGUGGAAUGCUAGUCCUGGAGGGAAUGAUAUUCAUAAUCAGCACAGUCCUCAAUCAUCCAUUCACUCUCAUUGCUCCAAGGAUACCUCUCCAGUGAUUUUAGAAAGCCUUUCCCAGGAAGGACUCUUCAAUCUGCUAGACAGCAUCGAAGGACGACUCUAUGGCGAGAGGAUCAGUGUGUACGAGGAUUCUUCAGUUGAUGGAAGGCAGCUCGAUAGAAUUAUCAGCCUUUGUAACAGUGGAGCGAGCUUAAAUGGCGAGAAUCUUGAAACAUGCGGAGCAGUCGUCCUUCAUGAGCUUCAGAGGUUGUCAUGGAGCACGGCAAAGGGCUGCCUGCUACCACAGGAUCUAGUGAGCACUCACCGUUCCAACACUGAGCCUAAAAUAAGCACCGCUCUCCCUCCUGAUGCCGCUCGGCUGUGGGAUCGCUGGUUCAAGCACGCCCUUCUGCUCAAGGAGCGCCAUGUCCUCAGCACCGAGCGCUUGGUCCAGCUGUUCACGCCUCUGCUGCUGGAACGCCAUGCCACCUAUGGCCACCAGGCCAAAGUGCUGCUGAGGACACUUCUGUCCCGGUCCAGUGAGGAGUGCCCCUCAGCGGAGGACGGAAGUGACUUUUCUUCUGCGGCUGGUCCUCCUUCUCUGCUGGCUGGUGGUGACUGGAAGCAAGCGGGGCCGGUACAGAAACAACAGAUUCAAGAACUACAAAGUACUGAAGAGGACAGCCAGGACGAAAGCCCUGUGGAAAGUGUUCCUAUUAGAGAGUCGAAAGCAUAUCAAUUACUUAAACAAUCAGCCAUGCAGGAAAGACUGCAGAGUUCUGAAGAGGAGGAGGAGGACGACGAUAGCCUCUCAGGAAUAAAUCACGGCCAUGAAGAGGACCUGGGGAGGGCCAAAUGCUCCUCACAUCAAGACCCUUACCCUCGGAAAGAGACGCCUCGCUCAAAGACUCAUUCUGCGCUCCAGUCAAAAGCUUUCUGGGGGGAAUCGGAUGACAGCAACUCUGAGAUCGAAGCGGCCUUACGUCCUCAACUUUUCAACUCAAACACUCACGACGCCGACGACUUCAUGGACUGACAUUUCCCCAGAGGUGUCUUUUAAACGCUGCUGUGUUAUGUCACCGCCGUUUGUUUCCCAUUUACUUCACCCCCUGACCGCUGCUUGAGCGGCGUGCAGUGUAAAUCAUAUGCACGCUGUAUCGUAAAAACAAAUAAUAAAGUUGACAGCUCUCAUGUUGGGUAAAGUACGUUAAGAGUUGCCCAACACUCUGAUGUUAACCCUGCUUCAGUCUCUUUAUCUGAACAACUCUCCCAGCUCAUAAUAACAGCUCGAAAUAGAUUAAACUGAUCUUUUAAAGCGAUUUGUUUGCACUGGGCUGAAAAUCAUGCAUUUCGAAUGUUGCAAGCAUCUCCGAGUGCUCUACCUCCAGCCUGCUCGAGUGUAGUGAUGUGAGUCACCUGUGAAAUGACAAAGCACAAUGGCCACUCCGCACGCUGCCGCGCGACCCGUGAACCCGCUCGAGAGGCCCAUCUCCCAGGGCACCAAAGUGUUGCGGCAUUAACAAACUCUGAAUGUUUAGUCCCAACAAAUGCUCGACGCAUAUUAUCCCGACGGCUUCGUCGAUAAUUGUUCUCGCGCCAUAGAAAGUCCAAAGGAUUUUGAAUCCCUGUGAAUUAUUGGGCUAAUGAGUCACAAGUAGCAGAUUUGUUGCUGUAACUACUCAAUGGAGUCUUCUGCAGUUUAUUAUGCUGAAGCACAUGGAACAUUCUGUAUCUAUUAAUAACUGGGCUACUGUGUGGGAGGAUACAUUCCCAAGUUUACAUUUAUAGUUCAUUAUGUCUGUGGCGUAAAUUUCCAAAAACCGCCAUUCUGGGAUGUGGUAAAAGCCCCUGGCAUUCAGUGUCAGCAGGAUUCCAUUAGUCAGCGAUAGGUGACUUUACAUGCCUGAACCUUUUAAAGUAGGACUCCACAUUCAUUACCAGUAAUGGCUUCAGACAGCCCUGACCCACCACAGAAAAAGGGACUGUGGCAUAAUAAUUUGGAGUUUGCUAAAAGGCUCCCUAACAUAAUAUCCAUGUUAAGGAGCAUGUCAACAGAUACUUGUGUGUGACAGAUAGCUCGCAGUGGAAGUGGAGUUAUAUUGUACUAAUGUGUACUAACACAAUAACGUUUUUCAAAAAAAGGAGCCCCUUUCCUGAUUCCAAGCCACAGAGACGAUGGUGCUGAUAUUCAGGUCACUCGCUUUCGGCGCUCGCCUUGUCGGCCUGUCACGGGAGAAUAUGGGAGGUUUUAUCUUCAGCUCAGAGAUGCUAUCCGCAGAGUAACUGACUCGGGUGCAGUAUCGGCGUCGCCUCAUUACUCGAUCUGUCAUGUUCAGGCUGACAUCAGACGCAGCUCCGCUCCUCCACCUGUGGUUCGGAGAAAGACUGCGCAAAUGUUUUUUUUUUUUUAACUCUUGUUUGAGGCCAUGUGGAUGUUUCCAUAUUAAAGCCAAAUAGAUUUAUUUUGUUAAUUUUUAUGGAUGUACACACCAUUAAAGCUAUUCGAGUUUGA